AAAGUUGGUCCGAUGAUGAAGUGCCUUGACUCGAGUAGUGGUGAAGAGACUGCCUCUUUCACAGGCCACCGCCGGGUUGGAUCGGCAGGCUCCCAGCAAUUGAACGUGGCAACUGGCUCGGGCGACCGGUGCACUCCGCCUACCGGGGCAAGGACGAGCGGCCACCCGUGUCCUCACCCGAGCUUCCACACGAGCCUACUGUCGCGGCCAGACCCUUCGCGGAAGACCUCCUGGCCGGCUACCCCAGACUGUCCGCAGGAGGUGGACUUGGGCCUCAACGCUCACCUGCUCAUUGAGCCAGCCUUGCAGCCCCUGAGCCCAGUUCCCAGCUGCCAGGAGUCGGUGCGCAUCUUUGACGACCACCGCUGCCUGGCACAGUGGUACUUCAAGCUGCAGUCGGAGAUCUGCCUGCUCAACCAGCGAAGGUCAGUGAAAUUGCAGGAGCCGUAUGUCUGCCCUUAG